CGCCCCCCGCUGUCCUAUGCUGCUGGCGGGAGCGCGCAUCGCGGAGGGGACUGACGGCUGGGGCCGGACUCGCAGCGCGAGAGUCACCGCCAAACUCUACCACCUUCUCCUGCCCGGCGGGGCCAUGAGAGAGCGGGCACACUGAGCCGCCAGCCGGCGAUGGAUUCCUGGAGGGACUGUUUCCUGGUUCGCUGGGUCUGGGAGCAGUUGGGAUGUGACCCUCCGAAUCACAGUGAAACACGGACAGUAUAUGUUGCAAACCGGUUCCCUCAACAUGGCCAUUAUGUUCCCCAGAAAUUUGCGGACAACAGGAUUAUAUCAUCCAAGUACACUGUGUUAAAUUUUGUUCCAAAAAACUUGUUUGAACAGUUUAGAAGAAUAGCCAAUUUCUACUUUCUCAUCAUAUUUCUUGUUCAGCUUAUGAUCGAUACUCCAACAAGUCCAGUAACAAGCGGACUUCCAUUAUUUUUUGUAAUUACAGUGACCGCCAUUAAACAGGGCUAUGAAGACUGGCUGCGACACAAAGCAGACAAUGAAGUUAAUGGAGCCCCAGUUUAUGUUGUUCGCAGUGGAGGCCUUGUUAAGACUAGAUCAAAAAACAUCAGGGUAGGUGAUAUUGUUAGAGUAUCCAAAGAUGAGACCUUUCCUGUUGAUUUGGUGCUGCUAUCUUCAGACAGAGUGAAUGGUUCAUGCCAUGUGACGACGGCAAGUCUGGAUGGAGAAACAAAUCUCAAAACACACUUUGCCGUUCCGGAAACAGCAGUAUUACAGUCUGUAGUAAAUCUGGACUCCUUAAUCGCAGUCAUAGAAUGUCACCAGCCAGAGGCAGACCUUUACAGGUUUGUUGGAAGAAUAACUAUACAACAGUCAGAAGAUAUUGUAAGACCUCUUGGACCAGAAAACCUUUUACUUCGAGGAGCAAGGUUGAAAAAUACAAAAGAAAUUUUUGGAGUGGCUGUAUACACUGGAAUGGAGGCAAAAAUGGCAUUAAAUUAUAAGAGUAAAUCACAGAAGCGUUCUGCUGUGGAGAAGUCCAUGAACACUUUCUUGCUGGUAUAUUUGAUAAUCCUGCUGUUUGAGGCUAUUCUAAGCACAAUCUUGAAGUACGCCUGGCAAGCUGAAGAAAAAUGGGAUGAGCCAUGGUACAACCAAAAAACUGAACACGACAGGAAUAGCAGUAAGAUAUUAAGAUUUAUUUCUGAUUUCCUGGCAUUCCUGGUUCUUUACAAUUUUAUCAUCCCGAUUUCACUGUAUGUAACGGUGGAGAUGCAGAAAUUCCUUGGUUCCUUUUUCAUUGGUUGGGACCUUGAUCUUUACCAUGAAGAAAGUAAUCAAAGAGCUCAGGUGAACACUUCUGACCUGAAUGAAGAGCUGGGACAGGUAGAGUAUGUGUUCACAGACAAGACAGGCACUUUGACAGAAAAUGAGAUGCAGUUUAGAGAGUGCUCAGUAAAUGGAAUUAAAUACCAAGAGAUCAAUGGAAAACUUGUGCCAGAAGGUGUAACCGUGGAUUUUCCUGAUGGAGCCUCUACAAGCUUGAGUGUUGAAGAGGAACUAUUCUUCAAGGCAGUCUCCCUUUGCCACACUGUACAUAUAAGUCAUGAACAAUCAGAAAGCUCUGUUGAUGGCCUGCGGUACUCCAAUGGUAUAUCCACCCAAAUGGAAUAUUAUGCAUCUUCACCAGAUGAAAAGGCACUUGUAGAAGCCUCUAAAAGGAUGGGCGUUGCUUUUUCUGGAGCCAGUGGUGAUGUAAUGGAAAUUAAAAUUCUUGGAAAACUUGAAAGGUACAAGCUUCUUCAUGUUCUGGAGUUUGAUGCAAAUCGUCGACGCAUGAGUGUCAUUGUACAGAGUCCCUCUGGGGACAAAAUUCUUUUUACCAAAGGGGCAGAGUCUGCUAUUCUUCCAAAUGCCAAAAGUGGGGAGAUAGAGAGAACAAGACUGCACGUAGAUGAGUUUGCUUUGAAAGGACUGCGGACAUUAUGUGUAGCCUGCAGGAGGUUCACAGCAGAAGAAUACCAAGAUAUUGAUCAGCAGCUUCAUGAAGCUCGUACUGCACUACAGCACAGAGAGGAGCGCCUGACUGAUGUAUUCGAUCUCAUUGAGAGAGACCUGGAGCUGCUGGGAGCAACUGGUGUUGAAGACAAGCUCCAGGACAAAGUCCAGGAAACAAUUGAAGCUCUCCGACUUGCAGGGAUAAAAGUGUGGGUGCUAACAGGAGACAAACAUGAGACAGCUGUUAGUGUAAGCUUAUCCUGUGGACAUUUUCAUAGAACAAUGAAUAUUCUUGAACUUGUACAGCAAAAGUCAGACCGCGAGUGUGCGGAGCAGCUACGACAGCUUGCCAGGCGGUUAAAAGAUGACCAUGUGAUCCAGCAUGGGCUGGUUGUGGAUGGUGCCAGCCUCUCACUUGCACUCAGGGAACAUGAAAAGUUAUUCAUGGACAUCUGUAAAAGCUGCACUGCAGUUCUGUGCUGUCGAAUGGCACCAUUACAGAAAGCAAAGGUGGUCAGAUUAAUAAAAAUCUCUCCAGAAAAACCCAUCACCCUGGCCAUUGGUGAUGGAGCGAACGAUGUCAGCAUGAUCCAAGAAGCCCAUGUAGGCAUAGGAAUCAUGGGAAAAGAGGGCAGACAAGCUGUAAGGAACAGCGACUAUGCAAUUGCGAGGUUUAAAUUCCUCUCAAAACUGCUCUUGGUGCAUGGUCAUUACUACUAUAUUAGAGUAGCUACUCUUGUACAGUACUUUUUUUAUAAGAAUGUGUGUUUUAUCACACCACAGUUUUUGUAUCAAUUCUUUUGUUUAUUUUCACAGCAAACACUGUAUGACAGUGUGUACCUGACUUUGUACAAUAUUUGUUUCACUUCCUUACCUAUCCUGGUGUACAGCCUCUUUGAGCAACAUGUGCAUCCACAUGUAUUACACACAAAACCUGGUCUCUAUAGAGACAUUAGUAAAAAUGCCCUGCUUGGAUUUAAACAUUUCCUUUACUGGACUCUUCUGGGCUUUGCACAUGCCUUUAUCUUCUUUUUUGGGUCGUAUUUUCUGAUGGGGGAAGAUACUUCUCUUCUUGGAAAUGGCCAGAUAAUGAAGCCUAACAGGCAACUGAUGUUUGGGAACUGGACAUUUGGGACCUUGGUUUUUACAGUGAUGGUUUUAACAGUUACCAUGAAGAUGGCACUAGAAACCCAGUUCUGGACAUGGAUGAAUCAUUUUGUCACCUGGGGUUCCAUUGGAUUUUAUUUUAUAUUUUCCUUGUUUUAUGGUGGAAUCAUCUGGCCAUUUUUGCACACACAGGACAUGUACUUUGUGUUUGUGCAGCUGCUCUCCAGUGGAUCUGCAUGGUUUGCCAUAAUCAUCAUCAUCCUUGCUUGUCUGUUUCUUGACGUCAUGAAGAAGGUGGUGUUCAGACACCUCUAUCCUACAAGUACAGAGAAGGCACAGCUUACUGAGACAGGAUCGGGUAUCAGCUGCUUGGACUCAAUGUGCUGCUACACCAACGGGGAGACAGCGUGCGUGCCUGUUAGAAGACUGCUGGAACGAUUGAUGGGCCGCUGCACAGCACCACGGGUCACCAGAUCUUGGAGUGAAUUGGACCCCUGCUAUUCGAAUGACAGAAGCAUCUUGACUCUUUCGGCCAUGGACUCAACCUCAUGCUAAAAGGGCAGACCCUACUGGUUUAAAUGCAAUGCCCGCUCUUCUGUAUAGGGCCUUAUCCAUAUUUAUUGAACUUGAAUAUAUUUUCUUACAGAAAUAAACCUCAGCUGUCACUUUUAAAUUGGAUCAUUUCCUUUUAUAUGUUUUAAGGUUCAAAGAAGUACCAUAAACUAGAUUGCAUCAUGCCUGAGAAGGUGUUUUCAGUCUGUUGCAUUUGUCUGCACUAAAAGAAAAUGGAGCCUUGUUGGCAUUUGUUUCAUUCAAUGACUAUUUUAUGAAAUGUGUACCCUCAUUUCUGUGAUCAAAUUAAGUUUCAAACUGUAGUUCUCCAGCUAAUGAGCAAUCCGCCUCAAUGUGCAAUACAAUGGUCUCACUGUAUGUUGGCAGAUGUACAGAAUGUAUGCUAAAAGUUUUCUUUUAAACCACAAUUCCUAUAAUUAACACUGAUUAGUCUUAUUUUUUGGUAUUGGAUAUAAAAACAAUGGCUGUGUAACAUUAGCUUCAUUUUUUUUUAACACGAUAUUUUGUUCACAUUUUUUAUAGAAAGAACAAGAAAGGUGUUUAAUAUAAAACAAAUAUUAGGAUGUGGCAUUUCUGACCAAGGUUUGACAGAUACGUAACCAUAAUGCUCUACUUCAGGAAUUCAGCCACUGUAAAAUGUGCCGACUUACCAUGUCCAACAAAAUGCAUGCCACGUCAUGGACGUGUCUUAUUUACAACUGACUGUUUUACUGAGUGCUGGGAGUACAGCUAUCGCUGAACUCCCAGUGCUAUGACAGGAGUGAUGCUGCUUUCUCACACAGCAGCAAGCUGUCUCACAGCAACAAGCCCUCCCCUCGUCUGUCUAUUCACAGAAGGCUUUGUAUUUUGUGAGUGGGUUCACAGAAGGCUUUGUAUUUUUUUUUUUUAUGGGUUCACCUAAUGCAAAGUGUUGUGAGUGGGCAGUUGCAUAUGACUCUGCAGCAGCUGAGACCAGAACAUCCAGCAUUGGUGCAUAGAAAGUAUAGCAAUAGCUAUGUUCCCAAUGCUCAUUAAAAAUGUAAAUUGUAACUUAGAGAUAAGUUGACAAGGUGGCGUGCACCUCGUUGGGCUUAACCCAUAGUAAUCUGGCACAUUUUAAAAAGUGGCUGAAUUCCAGCUUUACCUUAAAUAAAUAGAAAGUAUGAGCUGAUAGUCCAUAAAGAUAAUUUAAAUAGUAACCCCACAUAGCUGGAGAAUUCUUGCUGUUUGGGCAAAAUUCGAACUGUGCAUGGCCCUGUUGGCAUCACCUGGCCUCAGACUUUGACAGUGGGCAAUUGUUGGCCGAACAAUGACUAUGCUAUCGGAUGCAGUCUCUGGGCAGUCAUUCUUCCACUGCGGUCACAGCUGCUUCAGUACAAUAGCUGGCAGUAGAGAUUCCUCCAUCCACACUGUUUAGCAUGGAGGAGGAAUCUAUUCGAUCUCUUCUCAUUCAGCCUAGAAGCUGAAUGAGAGAAAUCUGAGUAUAUGGCUAGCUUUACAGGUAAGUUGAUUCUUGAAGGACCAGUCAAAAAGGGACAAUUUCCAGCAUGUAAUUGCAGAGUCCCCUUCCUAAUGUUUUGUGUAUGGGUGUCUAAUUUUGACAAGCUGUUUACAAGUUGGAAAAGCCUCAAAGGUAUUUCAUAGGUAACUUGCACCUUUUUUCGAGAAACGUCUUGCCUGUAUCCAGCCAAGACCUUUCUGCCUCUGUUGACAAGUUAUAGGCAUGUGUCACUGACAUCAGUUCGAGAUGCUUCUGUGAUCAUUCAGAAUUCAUUAACAUGUGCAUUUAAUCUGCAGUUAUCCUCCUUCUGACCUAUUUUGAAUGACUUCAAGUGUUUUUUUUUAUUACAUUUUUUUUAUUCUCUGACUUGUGUGGAAAUGCAAAUCCCAUUUAAAGCGAGCCAAAGCUUGUUGACACAAGUCUUCAAAGCCUUGUACACACUACGAGCAGAUGUACUAACAAUCCAAUGUUAGUACAUCAAUCUCCCCUGCUGUGCUAUUAGGUUCUGAAGGCCCCCCGCCAGAAUCCUCCUGUGCCAUUGGCUAAGAGCGCUGAGCAGGAGCUGGUUGGCAGACCGUUUUCGGUCAUGACCCUUCGACAGAAGCCUGCUGUACUGCCAGCUUCUGUCUGACCAGCUGUUGAACCAGCCAAUCCCACGCGACAUUCAGCCCAUGUGUACUAGGCUCUCGUCAUAGAAAUAUAAUUGCAGUGGGCAGUGGAAUUCAUGUUGGUUUGACUGCAGUUACAUAAUUGUAUUAACUGCCUGGUUGCCAUUAUUUACUGCACUUUCUCAGGCUCAUUGCUUUUUGCUGUUGCAUUUUGCAUUGCCUUUUUCAAUAACCUUAUCUGAAUCCAAACAAGCGCGGCCUUUUUGCAUGUGUGUUGCAAUGCACGCUAAAUUGCACAUGUUAACAAUAACAUGAUCCACUGCACUUGCAUUGAUUAGGUGUACCAUUCACUGUGAAUUGCUCCCUAGUGCACUGUACGGUAGUGUGGUGCACAGCAGUACACCACAACACAUACUGUGCAUUGCUGUGUGCUAUGUUUUGAAAGAAGGGUCGUGCCCAUUUAUUCAUCUGUUGAGGUGCAUUGACAGCGCCUUUUGUAUGAAAUGGACUGCCUUAGUCAUUCAUGCUGUAAUGUGUGUUAACAUACGGAUUAAUGUAGUGUGAAUGGGCCCUCAAAGUAUUUAAGAAAUGUGCGCACUUUUGUUACGGUAUGUUAUUUAAAUACUAGACUUAAUUUUCAAUGUGAAUACCCUUAAAUGCUGAUUUGUUUAGUGAGCAGUACGAGGAGCAAAGUGCAGUAACAAAUUAGAACUUACCAAAUAGGUCUGACUAGUAAAACAUGGAUUGUGGUUUUUAUGGGUCAACGAAGAAAACCUCCACUCUUUAUAAUUGUUAAAAUGGCAGCUUUAAAAGACCUCUCAACUAUCAUGCAUGUGGCUAUUGCUCAGGUUGUGUAUCUGGUAUUGGCCUUGUGUAUCUCAGGCAAAUUUGUCUCUGUUUUGCAGGUUUUGUUUUUCUUCCCUAAAUGUUUCACUUUAGAUAUUCAUCAAGGGGGGAAAAAUGUAUUUCUGAAGACUAACCAUGAAGUUUACUGUUUUAUUAUUUUAUUAAAAUGUUUACAGUUUAAAAA